AUCAAGGAAGAAGAAAAAAAGAAAAUAUUACAAGAAGGAGAAGGCACAAUUGGUGGUUUGAACAAGAGCUGGAAUCUCCUGAAGCUGUUGGGGUAGGUUGCGUUUAUAUGCUGUGUCUCGACCAAGCCCCCAGCUCGUACUGUGCGCCACACGCUUGCUCUCGAAAUGCAUGGAUUGUCGGUGUAUGGACGGCGAUUGCAAUGCUUUGAUGCAUGAGCUGUGAGAUGAGUGCAAUAUCUUUUUCCAAAACGGUAAUGCCGGGAUCGCAGCUCCAUGGGAUAGAUCAGAUGCGGAACGGUGCCUUGCUCAUUGCAUGCGGAUUUGCAUACAUAUCACCUUAUGCAUACCGCUUCGAAAAGGAAACUCGUAUCUGGAUUCAUUUGUGGAGUGGCAAGUCACGAUAUCCUAGCAAUAUCUUCCGAGCGAUGACUCUGACCAGAUUGCUGAAUACUUUGCCUCCUGAGGCUGUCUGUUUCAUAGCUAAAAUAACCGGGCUGGACGUGUCUGAAGGUGAAGAAAAACCCUCCAGUGGCUGUGCUUUAUUUUGUUGUGCCAUCUGCUUUUCCAGAAUCAUCAAGAGAAAGGCUGCCAUUACAUCGCCUUCUAAUGAAGGCAAUCAUGAUCGUAGUUCAAGGAAUAGAGCAUUGCAUUUGACAAGGAUUUAAUACUAAGUCCGUGAUUAAUCAUUGGGCCGCCAUUGUUAUAGCUAUAUAU